UUAUUGUGAGAAUCCAUAAACUUGUAACGUGUUUUCUUUCGUGUUGGUGAGCUGUGUUAUUUUAUAUAAAUGUUACAGAAACGUGUAAAACAUCGUUAAAGUCGUUAAAAUCGGACUUCACCCCCCCCCCACACUUCCGUUGAAGAAUAGAGGUUGUCCGUUAAUGCAAGCCCUUUUCCACCGUCGGAUUACAACCGAGGCGGCACGCGAAAGGACGUCUACUGAGCUAUAAACGUCGAAUAACCCCAAUACUUGGUAUUCCAGUUACAAAGUUAAGAGAGUAGAGAAAUGGAUCAGUCUUGUCCACAUCACCAGCAAAGCGGAGCACCUCAGAAUGCUGUUCCAAUGGGAGCCUUCAAGCAGGGUAAUGUUCCUGCCCUGGAGAGGGGCAUCAUUAGUGGAGACAACAUCCAGUUUGGGAGGCUGCGUCGUCACACACGUUUGUCCCAGUCGGAGAGCUCCGGGGCUGAAGAGGAAUGGUUGGGCUCCUCCGUGGAGGCAAGUGGCUCAUAUGGUGAAAGCCCCGUCUUACAGGCAGAGGCAGUAUGGUACAACCGCAAUGUUUACAAACAGGUCGAGAGCAGCGGACAGCUGUCAUCUUCUCCCAGGAGCCCAAACACCAGAGGAUCCUUGCCCCCUCAGUCCAGACCCAUCCAAAGUCAUCUUCAGGGGCAAGAGCACUCUGUCACCACAGUGAAGGCCUCUGGUACACCCCACCGUCAGAUUGGCAGAGGCCGCAAUCGCAGCUCCUCUGAGACAGAACAGGGGGGCAAAGGUAGCAGGGGGCCACACCCAAGGAAGAGAGGCUUCUCUGAAACGGAAAGCAAGCCUAAAUGGGACAAUACCAACAUGAGUGGACUGCAGUGCCUUGCCACAGAAAACAUCUGGUUUGACAAAUGUUGCUACGAUGAGGCGGAAAAGCGCUUCUACGAGGGAGUCAAUGGUCCCACCACGCAGCAGGCGAAAACUGCUGUGCAGCAGGCCAAAGGGCGCCAGCAGAAACGGCAGCACAGAAACUCAUCCUCACAUGCAGGAGACAAGGAGCUGGUUUCACGCAUGAAGAGCCUGGAGCUGGAGAACCAGACUCUUCACAAAGUGGUGGAGGAGAUGAGGGCAGCCCUGCAGAAACUGGAGUCCAGAGUGGCUGUGCUGGAGAAGAGCCCUGCACCAGUGGCCGUCCCCGCUGCAAAGGCUGCUCCAGUCCAAGCUGCCCUAGUCAAACAGGAAAAUGGUGAUGAUGCUGAGGACGAUGACGACAUAGACUUGUUUGGCAGCGAUGAAGAUGAGGAGGCAGAACGAAUAAAGCAGGAGCGCUUGGAGGCCUAUGCAGCCAAAAAAGCAAAGAAACCCGCCCUCAUUGCCAAGUCAUCCAUCCUGUUGGAUGUCAAACCUUGGGAUGAUGAGACUGAUAUGGCAAAGCUGGAGGAGUGUGUGCGCUCGGUGCAGAUGGACGGGCUCCUGUGGGGAGCUUCCAAGCUGGUGCCAGUGGGCUACGGCAUCAAGAAGCUGCAGAUCAACUGUGUGGUUGAGGACGACAAAGUCGGCACAGACAUCCUGGAGGAGGAGAUCACCAAGUUUGAGGACUAUGUCCAGAGUGUAGAUGUUGCUGCCUUCAAUAAGAUCUAAGCUCCACCAGCCCUUCACCUGCUCCAAAGUGGUGGUGUUGCUGCUAAUUUGGGCAUGUGUGGUUAAUAAAAAGCUAAUCUUUGAGCACAA